AUGCACAAUCAGUCUGUGGAGAAAUCAGUGUUCAUGCACUAUCAGUCUGUGGAGAAAUCAAUGUUCAUGCACCAUCAGUCUGUGGAGAAAUCAAUGUUCAUGCACCAUCAGUCUGUGGAGAAAUCAUUGUUAAUGCACCAUCAGUCUGUGGAGAAAUCAAUGUUCAUGCACCAUCAGUCUGUGGAGAAAUCAAUGUUCAUGCACCAUCAGUCUGUGGAGAAAUCAAUGUUCAUGCACCAUCAGUCUGUGGAGAAAUCAAUGUUCAUGCACCAUCAGUCUGUGGAGAAAUCAUUGUUAAUGCACCAUCAGUCUGUGGAGAAAUCAAUGUUCAUGCACCAUCAGUCUGUGGAGAAAUCAAUGUUCAUGCACCAUCAGUCUGUGGAGAAACAAU